CUUAUUAAUGACUAUAUAUUUUGUAGUUUCUUUAAUAUUAUUUGUGUUUAUAUAAGUUUUUGUAUCAGAUUUUUUUCUUUGUCAUGUCCGUUUGUGAGUUUUAUAAUCCAGAUAAUGUGUUUAGAAGAUUUAAAGUGGUUGAGUUUCCUAUAUCGUUCGUGGGGUUAUCAACAACCCGUGAACUUGAUGUGGAAACCGAUCUGAACACAUCGGCGUACCUAAAAACAAUGUGUGACGGACGUUUGAUGAAGUUCAGUGAAGCUCGGGAAACAUCAGCAUCACAUAGAGCUUUUUUUAUCAACCAAAAGAACACACACACAAUUGAAAUAACGUUCCUGCCGAAGAAUGAAUGUAUAUCAAAAGCAAAACAAUUUAAAAAUUUUGAUAACAGAUUUGUUUUUGAUUUACGUUUAAUCAAAGUUGAUGAUCUUUGUUGCUGUGAUAACGAAUUACAUGCUGAAGUUGGACGAUAUUAUAUAAGUGGUCAAUUCGAACAAUGCAUUAUAAGCCAUUCACCUGAAACACUUAAUUUUGGAGAUGUAAUAAUUAAUACCAAAGUAACAAAAAACAUAAGAUUGCGGAACGAAUCUAAUGAAAUGAGUGCCAAAAUGGAAUACAUCAGAGUACCCGGUUUUGAAGUAACGCCUGAAAGCUUCACAGUAAAAGCAAAUACAUCAAAAAAAGUUACCAUAACAAUUAAACCUACCUGUCUAAAACUGAAAAGCACUAUAAAAUUUAAAAUAACCAACCCUCAUUAUGUAUAUAAUAAUACUGAGAACCAGAGUACAAAAGAAAAAGAUAAAGAUAAUUUUUUAACAUAUGCUGUUAAUUUUAAAAUGAAUGUCAUAUACCAAAAAACGGUUAAAGAAUUGAAAACUGAAUCUUUGCAUAAAUUGCAAGAACAGAGUCGCAAGUAUACAUACGUAGGAAAUGAAGUUAAAGUCCAGGCUGAAAGAAAAGAAAAGGCAAAAAAUUUUUUAGAAAUUUCAAAAAUACGGUACGCAAGGAAACCUGUGAUAGAAAAAUAUACUACUGGUAAUGUAAGAUGUUAUUCUAAUUUAUUGAUAAAAAAUAUACAAAGAAGUGAUUUUUGUGAACCAAUUCAAGAAAAAAUAACAACAUACGAUCUUUUCGGCAUAGUAUUUACGCCAUUUACAAUUGAUUUUGGAAGAGUUGGAGUCUCAACACUAGGAGACCAAAUAUUAACGAUAAAAAAUAAAACAAAUUAUGAUUUGUUCUUUCAAUUUUUGAAAGACAAGUAUAUCAUUUAUACAGAAGACAAACUGAACACAUUUGAAAUAAAAUUGAAGAAGUUCAGCGAUAUUCAAAUAACAAUUUUCUGUAUUGCUAAUAAAGAAGGAGUUUACAGCAGUUCAUUCUCUUAUGUGAUUGAUAAAAAAUACUAUCGCAAGCACCCUUACACUUUACAAAUAGGUACGCCAACAUUGAUGAUAUUAGAGAAAAAUUUAAAAUUUGGAAUGGUAACAACCGAAAGUUUUGUGACCUCAGUGCCAUUAAGAAUAUACAAUCAUUUCAAUUUACCUGUGGAUUUUAAAUGGGAGGAAAUUUACUCAGACAUUCCAUUUGAAAUAAAACCCAGCUCUGGAACUGUACCUCGCCAUUCUUGCAAAAUAUGUGACGUCCAAUAUGUAUGCAAGGCAUCGAAAACCAAGACACAUGAAGUAGAUUUAUUGUCAAUCAGCAAUAUCACAAGGGCUAUUCCUCUUGAACUAAGUAUAAUUACACGUAAACUGUCUAUAAAAUUUUUACAACCAGCAAUUAUGUUCAAAGACAUUGCUUUAAAUUUAGAAACAAUAGAAUACAUAAAGCUAGAAAAUUCUUCGCGGGAAAUUGCCACAUUUCACGUGGUUGAACCACUGAUUCCUGGUUUUCGAAUAGAACCAAUGUCUGGAACUUUGAGACCAAAAAUGGUUAUGUCAUUUGCAAUUAUUGUAAAAAUUCCUUGCAUUAUAGAGUUUGCUUUUGACAUUCUUAUAAAAAUAAAUAAUAAGGAAAAUGUAUCAUUACCAGUUAGUGGAAAUGUCAUAGAACCGAAAAUAAUAAUACAUCCCAAAAAUAUAUUCAUGACAAGAAUUCCCUGUAAUAUGAUGACUUUUGUCCCAGUAACAUUUCAAAAUCUAAGUACCCUUAAAACAGUAGUAGAAAUCUUAGAUACCGGAGAUGACAACAUUUUCAAUGUGUAUAUGUUACAAGGAAAUGAAAGACAAAGAAUAUUUGAAUUUAAUGUGGAUGGGGGUCAAUCAAAAACUGUAUUCAUAAAAGUUUACGACAUAUUUAGAAGAGAAUAUGAAAUGUAUAUUCCUUUUAAGAUUAACGGUCUUUUAGGACCUCCGAACAAUGACACAAAUUCAACCGAAUUGCGGUACUAUAUUGAAGAAAAUGAAAAGAACUAUGAAAAUAAUUCAAAACUUAAAAUAAAAACUGUUAACAAGGAUAUCAGUUAUUGUCGAAUAACAGGCGUGAUCACAGUGCCAUGGAUAGAUUUUUCAGUUGAUAAAUUUGAGUUAGACUAUAAAGCACAUGGAGAGAAUUCUAUAAAGUUUACUAUGACAAACAUAUCGAAGUAUUUCCUCAAUGUUACAAUUAUAACGUCGAAACUAGCACCAAAUUUUUCGCUGGAAUUAAUUACCGAUGAACCAUCAAUUUCUAAUGAAAGUCAAAUAAAAUUUGAUUUUGAUCGCCUAAAGGAAGUUACUUUUAUCUUAAAUUUCCAUCCAAAAAGUCAUGGCAAAUUUGUAUCGGUGGCCUUAUUAUAUUUAGAUAAACAUAUGACAACUCCAUACUAUAAUUUAACAUUUUAUGGGAAACGACAGACACCGAUAAUGACACCAAGUAGUCAUAGAAUUAUUUUUCCGCCGUGCUACGUGAAUGAAAAUAUUUUUCGAAAUAUAACUCUUAAAAUGGAAGGUGAAUCGCAUAAAGAUCUUUUUUCAUGCAGUUCAAAAGAAGAACCAAAUGUGAUAGUAGAAAUUUUAAAUACAGAGAUAGUUUUUGAGGAUAAUACACCUUACACUUUGGUCAACGUUAAAAUAUCAGUGUGUUGUAGCGUGACCUACUCCCGGAAUAUAAUGUUGACUUUUCACCACGAAUUGGGAUCAUUCUGCGAAAUCGAAGUCAGUUUUUGUUUUACUUACUGCCCUUUAACGCUCCACACACAGUUCUUAGUGAAGCCAAGUGAAAACCCAUAUCCAUACUUUCCUGUCUGUAGUCAAAAUCAGUUACACAAUUAUUUAGAAAAUUGUUUAAAUUUUCUCGAAAAGUGGAUGUUCCAACAAGGAUUCCGUAGAGAUUUGUACCCCGUGAUACCAGAUACAUUUCACGCCAUUUCUUCGGCGAUGUCCACGCAAUCUGGUGGGACAAAAUCAAAAGGAAUUAAUGUCUCGUACUUGAAUUUUAUACGAAGAAUCGCAGGCCCUCUUAUGAAACAUAUACGUAAAAUAUCGGUGGCCGGCGUCGACGAAUCAUUUAAAGUCGUGAAAGAAAUUCACGAUACCUAUAGAGAAAUUAUCAAUCUGUUAAGAUCACGUGGAGCAAAUUUAUGGUCUUUACAAGCAAAGUUUUUAUUAAGUUAUGACCAAUUUGUAUUAUAUACAGAAAAUGCUACGCCAAAGGGAAAUGUUGAUAUAAUUUUUACACAAGAACUAAUUGCGGAUGUUGAACGUUUCAAUAGAUUAAAUAAACAAAGCUGGACAGAUUUCAUUUUACAAAGCUACAAAGUUUUUGUAAUGGACAGUUGUUUCUUCGAGUGUGUCUGUAUGAGUUCUCAACCUAGAGACGUGGUUAAGGUUUUAAUAGAUUGGUAUAAUGAAAAUAUAACAAAUCAACAUGAAAAAGUUGGCGGCAGUAACAAAGUUAUUAAGAAUAUUACAAACAUUACUACAGACUUAUCCGAUGGCAGAGCUAUAAUUUCGUCAAUUUUAAAUUUCUGCCCUUUCAUGCAGGACCACUUUUCACUAUACAGUGAGGUGGACAAAGGUAACGCUGAAGGCGAUAUAAUAAACAACGCUUGUCUUAUCAUCGAAGCAAUGAAUUUAUUGAGAUUAUAUUUUCCUCUUAACAGUAAUGACUUUUUGCAACCUAAUUUUUUACUCAUGCUUUUUUUAUCAAUACAUCUGUACGUCACACUGCCAAUGUAUAAACCGAAAAAAACAGUUGAAUUUAAUCCGCCCCUUUUAAGAAGUUCCUCAAGACAGGUAGCGAUAAGCCCAACUAGCCAAGAAUCUUUGAGUUUUAAUUAUAUCUUAAUAAAUAAUACGAAGAACAGUUUUGCCGUAGAAAAGGGAUCUGGAGCCGAUAAUGGGAAAAAAAUGUAUCUGAGUGUAAAAUAUGUAGCUAAUUUUGUUGAAAAUGAAACGGCAAUUCUUUUAGUACACGGCUAUAAUAAAACACGAAUCUUCGACACAUAUAUAGUUUUCAUGCUUAAUGGGUCUGUAGGUGCCUUAAAUCCUGUUAGAAAAUGUAAAGUAACAGGCCCAUUAUACAGACCAAACAAAGUAGAUGUGUUAGUUGCUUCGCCAUUUGCUACAUCAGCAACAUUUAAAUUAUAUCUGACAGACAACGAGCCAUCGAUUCCACCGGAGUUUGAAACAACCACAACUCCCAAAUUUUGCGUGAGACGUCUUAAUUUAAUCGACAAGGAAAUAACACUGAGUGGUUUACCAAAAGAGAGUGGACAAGAAAUUCAAGAACACAAACUUUAUCUUCAAAUAAUCUGUCUUAGUACAGUAGUCGGGAAUUCUUGGAUAUGGUUUCGAAGCGAUAUCGGUGAAUUUUUUGUCAGGAUUACAACCCAACCUAGAUGGGAUUUGGCAAUAGAUACUCUACAAGCAAAAGUUCAUAAUUGGCCAAUAGAUCCUUGUAGUUGUGGUGAAGCCUGUGAGUGCUAUCGUACCACCGUCUUGACAAUUCCUUAUAGAAAUGAACUGAUGCUUAAAUCAUUACGUCAUGCAUUACUAGAAUACGCUUCAGACGUAAUGAUACAUGUUUACGAUCAAUUAAUAGAAAGCGCCACUGGCAAGAUAAUAUUGGGCAUGUUGCUGGAAGAGGGGGGGACAAACUUGUCCGAAAUCCAGCACAUAUUAAGAAGUGAUACUACCUUCCGUAUUACAUCGCGAGCUCUCUUACCAAGAAUUGAUAAAGUAACACUAGCCCAACACACCGGAGGUUUUCUUUUGUUACCGGUGACUAUACCGGGACAGGAUAAGGCCGAAAAAUACUCUGUUACACUAACCUCAGACUGUGGAAUGGAUAUUCGCACGUAUAGAGUCCUGUUUAUUGAAUCUUUUAGUGAAUAAUACAAUAUAAACAACCUUGGAAGAAUGAAUUGAAUAGAAUUCGUGCGAUUUGCGAAUUACUUCCCGGUUGAGUGGUUUUAAAUUAGGACAAUCACUAUAUAUUUUUUUAUUCUUAAUUAUUUUUUAUAAAUAGAUUGUGUUCAAAAUAUAUAUGUUAAGUCAUUUUCAACUGAGUUAUGUAUUACGUAAAUCUCUGAAAAACCAUUACUAUUCAAUAGUUGUCCAACGAAAUGAGUUUUAUUUAAAUGGUUUAUAUAAAAAACAUUAACAGAAUGUGGUAUAAAAAUGUUAGUAUCAAGUGAUUAUUAAUAUUUUCUGUUAUAAAGAAAAUCCGCAAUUUGCUUCAAUUUUUUAAUACUAUAUUAUUAAAUUGUUUAAAUUCUUAUAAAUUAUACUAGUUUAAUCAGAUUU